AUGCUCGAGGUGCUCUUCUUCCUCGUCGCCGCCUUCUUCUUCUCCCAUCCCUACCCCGAGAAGUGCCACUUCUUCGGGCAGAGCCACCAGAUCUUCCACGUGUUGCUGGUGCUCUGCACGCUGGCGCAGAUCGAGGCCGUGGUGCUGGACUACGAGUCCCGGAGGGAGAUCUACUCCUCCCUGCAGCGGGACCUGGCUCACGACUUCUCUGCCCUGUUCCUGGCCACUGUCACCUGCUCUGUCCUCACAGCCGCCUACAUGGCCUGGAGGGUGAAGAACAAGCUGGGCCUUAAGGAAGAGAACCGGGGAACGGGAACGGAGCGGGAAAACCGGAACCGGGAACUGGGAAACGGGAACGGAGCGGGAAAACCGGAAACGGGAACCGGGGAACGGGAGCGGAGACCGGGAAAACCGGAACCGGGAACCGGAACGGAGCGGGAGAAACCGGAACCAGGAACCGGGAACCGGGAAACGGGAGCGGACCGGGAGCCGGGCCCGGGGAGCCCCGGGAUGAGGCGGCGGCGCGGGGACCCGGCCCCGGCCGAGCCCUGCGGGGUGUGGCUGGACACGGCGGAGCUGAAGCGGGGCCCGGCGCCGCCCCCGAGCUCCGGGCUGAAAGCGCCGCGUUGGAAGCGGAGCCCGGCGCUGCCCCCGCAGCCGGGCCGGAGGCAGAGCUCCAUCCGCUCCUUCCUGCGCCCCCUCGCAGGUGAAGGAGACAAAGAGAACGCCAGCCCGGCUGAGCGCUCGGGGCCUCCUCUGCCCGCCCGGCUUGUGAAGAUCCUGCCCUUGCCACGGCUGCGGGGAGCCCGGGAGGAGCCCCCCGGGGCUGGGCAGGGGCUGCGGGGCACAGCCCAGCCUUGGCAAACACCUCUGGGUGCCCCGGGGCUCCCAGCGCAGGCUCAGAGGCAGAGCAAAGCCCCCCGUGGGGCUGGGGGGGGCUCCUGGUGCUGCGGCUGCUCCCGGAGCCCGGAGAAAUGCUGGAUAUUUCCUGGAGAAGCGGCCUCGGCGGGCAGGGAAGCACAGCCCUGGAGCAGAGCUGCCUCUGGGACGGGCUCUGCUGGGGCUGAGGACACAGAGCCUGGCCCAGGGGUUGAGGACACAAAGCCUGGCCCAGGGGUUGAGGACACAAAGCCUGGCCCAAGGGUUGAGGACACAAAGCCUGGCCCAGGGGACUCCCAAGGGAACAGGGUGAUUGCCCACAGGCCCAGGGCCAGCCCCCCGAGGGCCAGCCAGCCGCGGGGGCUGCGGCUGGAGCUGGGCUGGGAGCCCCUGUUCACGCAGGACUCGGAGGGGAACAGGGUCAUAAAGCACUGGGAGUGA